AUGAAAAGUUAUUCUCAAUGAAACAGAGUUAUUAGAAAUUAUCCUCAACAUUUUUCUGCUGGCAUGACUAAAUAUAAAAUUUUUGACUGGGCGUAUAAACUUGUCAAGACUCGGUGCUUUAGAAAUCCAGCUGGAGAGCUUGCUCUUAUUCCAGUUGCUGAAUUGCUGAAUCAUGGAAAUAAUUGUGCUUCAUAUAAUUGAUAUAAAGAAGAAUCAAAAUUAAAUGAUAGACUAAUGAUAUCGCCUUCAAAUAAUAUAAGUGGUUUAGUGAAGGAUUUAGUCGCUAUAGAGAGUUUGAUGAUUGACCAGCAGCCGGCAAAUAAUAAUUAUAGUAUAAUGAUAAAUACAGAUCCAAACAGCCACGUUGAAACUGGAAAAGAAGUAUUUCUAUCAUAUGGGGAAUAUCCAAACAGGACAUUACUGUUGGACUAUGGAUUUUCUUUGAAUGAAAACACCUAUGAUUAUGCAAUAAUUAGUAUUACAACUGAUGAUAUAUCAGAAGGUCUUUUUUUAGAAAGUUUAGCAAAUAAAGAAAAAUAUUCGUUUAUUGUCAAGAAAAAUGAAUUAUGCAGAGGUAAAACAAAUAAAUAGAACUGAUUUUUUUAUUGAAAAGUUUUGAUACCCAUAUAUCUAAUUUUGAAGGAGAAAGAAAUGCUAUCAAUUUAGCCUUAAAUAUUAUUCAUCGCAAAUUGAUGGACUUUCCAACUUUAAUUGAUGAAGAUCAGAAAAUUUUAAACCAUUCUCUUAAUUUCAGAAACUUCGCAGCAGUAAUAAGUAAAGAAGGUUAA